UUUUUUUUUUUUGGGUAAAGUGGCAUUACUUGGACUGAUGAGCUAAAGGAAUAAACUCGGGCAACCUCUGCUGACAAUGUCUAGUGGGUAUGAAGUGCCCGGUGGGAUGUUUGGUCGAUCACAAGUUUUUUUGAGGAAAGGUCGAUCGGAAGUUAUUCGCACCAACCCACAAAUGGAUGAAGUAUGACUGGAAGAGGAGGUGGUUGGCCCGAGCACUCUCCCACCUACCCGGUCCCCUCUCCUCUUAUUCAAGGCCCCCCCUCACCUUUCUCCAAAACUUGGCCUCCAUCACAUCUGCUGAGCUCUCCAAUCUCUUGGCAACUUUGCCUCUCUAUUGAGUUCUCUUUCUAUCCCUUCCUUUUUCAUCAUGGGCUCUGAGAUGGUGAUGGUGGAUGGAGUUCCAUUCCCUCCUGAGGUCACCGUUGCCAAACCUUUAGCGCUCCUUGGCCAUGGUAUUACGGAUAUUGAGAUCCAUUUCCUUCAGAUAAAGUACAACGCUAUUGGAAUUUACAUGGAAAAAAAUAUCGUCGAACACUUGGGUAGUUGGAAAGGAAAAAAGGGAGCUGAGUUAGCUGAAGACGAUCUCUUCUUUGAGGCUCUUGCGGCAGCUCCUGUGGAUAAAUUUUUCAGAAUCGUGGUAAUAAAGGAGAUAAAGGGCUCUCAGUAUGGUGUGCAACUGGAGAGUGCUGUGAGGGAUCGGUUGGCAGCCAUUGAUAAAUAUGAAGAAGGAGAAGAGGAAGCACUUGAGAAGGUUUCUGAAUUUUUUCAGACCAAAUAUUUUAAGAAGGAUUCUGUGAUCACCUUUGGUUUUCCUGCAACUCCUUGCACUGCAGAGAUAUCAUUUGUAACAGAAGGAAAGGAACAAACAAAAAUCAAGGUAGAGAAUGCAAAUGUGGUUGAGAUGAUCCAGAAAUGGUACUUGGGUGGGAGCAGAGCUGUGUCUCCAACUACAGUGAAAAGCUUGGCUGAAAAUCUUGGAGCAAUGCUUUCACAGUAGAUUUUUAUCUUUCUACUUUGUAGUUUGGUUUGGUUGCAAAUAAAUUCCACUUCAAUAAAU